AUGGUGUUGUCAUGGCGCGCGGUAGCCCUGCUAGCUGCGCUGCACGUGUGUGCGAGUGUACCGGACACGCUCUACCACAAUCAUUUCGCUGUUCACGUACCUUCCGGUGAGAAGCAUGUGGAUGACAUUGCCAAGCGACACGGCUUCGUCAAUCAUGGACAGAUUGGGGCCCUCAAAGGCUACUACCUUCUUUCGCAUCAUGAGGUGCACAAAAGAUCGACAGAGCCAAGUCACAAACAUCAUCACAAAUUAAUUAACGAGCCCGAGGUAAAAUGGUUCGAGCAGCAACGUGAAAAGAGAAGAAUCAAACGAGACUACAAUCCGUAUGAUGGAUCCUUAUGGUCGCAAAUUUCGCGACGUUUACCAUCUCAUCGGACGAGGCACAGAGCAAUUAACCCUUCACCUUUCUUUCCAGACCCGUUGUAUAAGGAACAAUGGUAUUUGAAUGGUGGCGCAAAAGAUGGACUUGAUAUGAACGUAGCUCCAGCGUGGCAAAAAGGUUAUACGGGUAAAGGGGUAGUAGUAUCUAUCCUCGACGAUGGUAUACAAACAAACCAUCCUGAUCUUGCGCAAAAUUAUGAUGCUCUUGCCUCUACCGAUAUUAAUGGAAAUGAUGAUGAUCCUAUGCCUCAAGAUAAUGGAGAUAAUAAACACGGAACACGUUGUGCUGGUGAAGUCGCAGCAGUUGCCUAUAAUCAAUAUUGUGGAGUCGGUAUAGCAUAUAAUGCUAGUAUAGGAGGAGUUAGAAUGUUAGACGGUGUUGUGAAUGAUGCUGUUGAAGCUAGAGCGUUGGGAUUAAAUCCCGACCAUAUCGAUAUAUAUAGCGCUUCGUGGGGACCAGAAGAUGAUGGUAAAACGGUUGAUGGUCCAGGUCCGUUAGCUAGAAGAGCAUUCAUUUACGGAGUAACAAGUGGUAGACGUGGUAAAGGUAGUAUAUUUGUUUGGGCAUCAGGAAAUGGCGGACGUCACACGGACUCGUGUAAUUGUGAUGGAUAUACAAACAGCAUCUUUACGUUAUCUAUAUCUAGUGCUACACAAGGAGGAUAUAAGCCCUGGUAUUUAGAAGAAUGUUCAUCCACUUUAGCUUCUACGUACAGUUCUGGAACUCCUGGACACGAUAAAAGUGUAGCUACCGUUGACAUGGACGGUAGAUUACGUGCAGAUCAUAUAUGCACAGUAGAACAUACUGGGACUUCAGCGUCGGCGCCACUGGCGGCUGGAAUCUGUGCACUAGCUUUAGAAGCUAAUCCAAAUUUGACCUGGAGAGAUAUGCAAUAUUUAGUAGUAUUAACUUCAAGGCCACAACCAUUAGAAAAGGAGACUGGAUGGAUUGUUAAUGGCGUUAAAAGAAAAGUCAGUCAUAAGUUUGGUUAUGGUCUAAUGGAUGCUUCUGAAAUGGUGAACUUAGCUGAACAGUGGGUAUCUGUGCCUCCUCAACACAUAUGUAAAUCUCAAGAAAUUAAUGAAGACAAAGCAAUAGAAUCUUCUUACGGUUAUACUUUGAGUGUACAUAUGGAUGUAAAUGGGUGCAGUGGCACAGUAAAUGAAGUGCGAUACCUUGAGCAUGUGCAAUGUAAGAUAUCAUUAAGAUUUUUCCCACGUGGAAAUCUCCGUAUUUUACUUACUUCACCUAUGGGGACCACAUCGUCACUUUUAUUCGAAAGACCCCGUGAUGUCAUCAGUUCUAACUUUGAUGACUGGCCAUUCUUAAGUGUUCAUUUCUGGGGUGAAAGAGCAGAAGGUAGAUGGAGUUUACAAAUCGUGAACGCAGGCAAUAGACAUGUUAACCAGCCUGGCAUCCUUAAGAAAUGGCAAUUAAUUUUCUAUGGUACUUCAACCGAUCCUGUUAGAUUGAGGUCUAAAAAGCCAGGGGCUCUACCAUAUGCCUUCCCUACUGCCGCUGAAGGCUAUGAUGUCGGGGAUUCUUUUUACAAUACUGACGCGUUUACUAGUUACCAAAACUUUCCUUUAUUCGCCGCUGGUUCAAACCCGGAAAAGGCGAUAGCAAGUCUCGAUGGACAUAACAUUCCUUCGCCGCAUGGGGAGAAUGUCCUCGCCGAUAGUAACGAUAAACGCGUCAUGCAUGAAUGUGAUCCCGAAUGCGACACUCAAGGAUGCUAUGAAAAAGGACCAACUCAGUGCAUUGCUUGUAAGAAUUACAGAUUAGAUGAUGCCUGCGUGUUGCGAUGCCCACCGCGAAGCUAUGCGAACCAGGGUGGAGUUUGUUUCCCUUGUCAUGAGUCAUGUGAAACGUGUGUAGGACCUGGACAAGACUCGUGUUUAACCUGUGCCCCUGCGCAUUUGUUAGUGGCUGAUUUAGGGUUAUGUUUACAACAAUGUCCUGAUGGAUAUUGGGAGGAUAGCGAGGCAUCAACUUGUAGGCCUUGUGCCUCACAUUGUUCUACAUGCUCAGAACGAGAUUUGUGUACUUCGUGUGAACACCACUUAGUUCUUUAUAAUGGAACAUGUUCAGCCUCCUGUCCCCCGUCUACUUACGAAACUGAUGAUUACACCUGUGCUAAAUGCCAUCAAACUUGUGAUACAUGCUUUGGAUCAGAAGCGACACAGUGUCUGACGUGUCACCCGUCGAAUUACAUUCUUGAUAGCCGUUGUGUGAAUGCUUGUCCGAGUGGCUACUACCCAGAUAAAAAGCGAAAAGAAUGUAUGAAGUGUCCAGUCGGCUGUGCGACUUGCCUUACCUCCUUCUGUCUAACAUGUAAUUCUAACUGGGAAUUGAAUAAGAAGGGAAAAUGUAUAGUCGUGGGUAGUGAUCGAUGCGCUACCGGAGAGUUCUCAGAUGGCGGACAAUGCAGUCCGUGUCAUGGCGACUGUGAGUCAUGCUUCGGCGAAAAUGAAGAAAGCUGUCUAACUUGUCCUACGCCUAAUUUGCUGCAAAAUCAUAAAUGCGUAACAGAAUGCAGCCGCGGUUACUACGCCGACGGCGGUCGCUGCACGCGGUGUAUGCACGGGUGUGCAGAUUGCGCGUCGCGUUUGAACUGCACCUCAUGUACCGGUUCUUUGAGGCUACAGUCCGGUGCCUGCAGAACUACGUGUGCUGACGGAUAUUACGCAGAUCGCGGUACGUGUUCAAAGUGUUACCUGUCGUGUCGCACAUGUAUAGGACCAAGGCGUGACCAAUGCGCCUCGUGUCCCCAAGGGUGGAAAUUAGCUGCAGGGGAGUGCCAUCCUGAAUGUCCACAAGGUUUCUACCAAACUAGCGAUGGUUGUCGCCACUGUCACCACUACUGCCGCGAAUGCAACGACUCCGGCCCGUUACAUUGCACCUCAUGUCCCUCACGCUUCAUGUUAGACGGCGGGCUAUGUAUGGAAUGCUUAGGAUCCCAGUACUUAGAAGCCAGCAGUGGGGCUUGUCGCUCCUGUGAUAAUACGUGUAGGACUUGCUCAGGACCUGGAAAAUACAGCUGUUCAGGAUGCUCAAGACCUUUGAGAUUGGACCGAUUAAACAACCAAUGCGUCCAGUGUUGUUCUGAACGCGGUGUAUCUGUGAACUCAACGUCCACGCCAGAUUGCUGCCAUUGUCACCCAGACACAGGGGAGUGUAUAAAUUCAUCGGUAGCAGGCAAACGUCGUAUCACCGAGUGGGGUACGCUGCAAACACCAAGUGAAAAUUCGUCUUCUUCCAUUGCACUCGUAGCCAUAGUAGCGGCUCUAGCUAUCACUGUACUAGCGGCUGGGUUGUUUGCGACACAGGGACGAAGAUCACAAAAAUCUCGAUCUGUAUCGCGUACAAAAGGACCUCUCUACUCUCCGCUGGCGUGUACAGACGAUGACGUCACAGUACUCGGCACACACACAAACUUCCCGGUGUACGAACAAACAGACAAACAUACACAAGAAAGUGAACCUUUCCUAAAACAUUCCACG